GCCCGGGUCCCUGUGUUAUUUUCGACCGCCCCUCCUCCGGCCGCCGAUCAGCUGUUCCAGGCCAAGGUAAUGGCCGUAUUUAUGUUGAACAUUUGCAAAUUUAACGAUUGUGGAAUUACAUUUCAGAAUUUAGGGGAUUUAAUACAACAUAUCGAAGAUAAUCACAUUGACUACGAUCCUCACAUUAUAGAAGAAAAAGAACAGCAGCAGCCAUCAUGUUUGCCGCUGAGCUACAUUCUUCGGUUUUUUCCCGACUCUGCGAAGAAGGAAGUGUCGGAUAUGAAGCCGAAAAUGAAGACCACAGUGGAAAAAUCUGCACACCCUCAACCGGCCAUACCUACAAACCCAACAGAAUCACCUCAGAAGAAAGGGCCUUCCCUCGUUCCAGGCAGCGAAGGUGAUGAUGAUGACAUUGGUAGUGAGUCCGAAGACAGUAACGACUCUUGGAGCACUCAGGAAGAAUUCAGUUCGGAAUUCAUUUUAAAAUAUGGGAGCAAAAUGGUUAGCCCCAGCACUCUACCGGAUGGCACAGUCAUAGAAAAGCCCUUUGCUUGUCCUGUUCCAGGUUGUAAAAAAAGGUACAAAAAUGUUAAUGGCAUUAAAUAUCAUUCUAAAAAUGGACAUAAAAACGAAGGAAAAGUGCGAAAAGGGUUUAAAUGUUAUUGUGGAAAAAGCUAUAAGACGAAUGGGGGUUUGAAAAACCAUACAGCUCUCAUGCAUAGCGGUACCACAAUGACGACGAUAGCAACACAGAAUGGGACUCCUCAAGUGCUUCAGAUACCGACACUUCAGCCCAUUCGUACUUUAACGCUUAAACAUAUAGCUAGUUUAGGUUUGCCGGUUAAAACAUUAGUCGUGGCUACAAAAUCGCAGGACAAAGCUGCUAAAACGACGAGCAACUUGGGCGUUCUUACCCCGGCCACUUCUCCUAAUUCUCCAGAUAAACCGAAUGAGAUUCCUAUACCUGAAAAUUAGGUCUCUAUUUAAUAUAGGAAGUAAAUUAGGGGUAGAAGUAUAAAUUAUGAAACCAGUCUGUACUGUGCAAUGGCUGUUUCUGGCUAUUAACAAUUACAAAUUUUGUCCAAUUGCCAAUUUUUCAAAAGAAAAAGAACACUAAUAUUAAUCAAGGCUUAUCAUGUCCAUUUAAUUGAUGGUGUACAACCAGAAAAAAAUGUAUGUAGCACUUGAACUAGCUAUUCCUUCAAUAAUAGUUUUAUUUAAUUUGUGAUAUACAAAGCUGUGUAACUUUGCCUUUUAUGAUAUUAAUUGUACAAGCAAUAAUAUGUUCUCUGAUAAUAAUUCAUAAAUGCGCACAAUGUAUAUAUUAUAUAAAAUUUGCCUCAAUUCUAAAAUAGAAGAAAAAAAAGUACUCACAACUUUUAAAGUGCAAUAAAUGUUAUUUUUUUUAAUUAGUUGUAAGGGAAUAGAGAAAAAUACUUAAAAAGAAAGAAAGUAUAUUGCUGAGUUAUUUUAAAUCUUGUGAUUAUUUGUGCAAGAUGUGGUAUGGAGCAAUAUUUCUAGUCGUCUAGUCAUCGGUAGAUAUUAUCAAUGAACAAUAUUGUUAUUGGUAUUUAGUUAGUUUUUAUUUUAUGAGGCCGUUAACUAGUCAUAUGUAGCAAUUAUGGUGCUCCACUGCUCAUUUUUGUUUGCCUUUGGUUGCACCUAAUGGGUAAUUUAAAAGAAUAAAUAAAAUAGGGUGGAAACCAACUUAAAAAUUAUAUUGAAUUUCAUUUGUACGAACUAAUUCUCAACUUUUUUUAGUAUGGUAAUAAAUAAAAUUAAUAAUCAAACGUUAAAUGUGCUUAAUUGAGAGUAUUAUUGUAAAAUAUAGAAACAAAGUACUGCCAUUGUUCAGUUAUUUCUCUAAACUAUUAUCAUUUUGUAUUGUAAACCAUGUGACAAUCACUGUUGAUGGAUUGAUUCUUUGACUAGCACUCAUAAAUGGAAAUAGACAACUUGUUAUUUAAUUUAUCAAAAACUUUACCUUUUGUCCUACGCUCUAUACCAAUCAAAUGAUCACGUUCAAUGUGUUCAUGUGGGCAUGUAUCUAGUAAAUUUAUCGGACUGAUUUGUACAUAAAUCUUUAAAUAGUGUACAGCAAAAGAAGAAGGGGGAUGCCUCUCGUUGUUGACAGUAAAUAAAUUUAAACACUGUUAUUAAA